UUACAUUCACAGAUAACGUGUGAAGGUCACCUGGUAUGUAAUGCAUGAUAGCAAGACUCAAAGGUUACAGACAUGGACUGUUAUUUUAUAGAUAUAUACCUACAAUAAUAACAUUGGAAAUAGAUUGACGACCCAGUGACUGUUGAAUAACACCCAGCUCUCGUUUAACAGUAGAAUGGCAGAGACUGAUGGGGCCAAAGUGCAGUGGAAGUCGGAGUGGAAGACAGAUGUCGUGUAUCUUCAUGUGUUUCCAAGAGCAAUGGCGAAAUGUGUUCCAAACAUAUCACCAUUCGCCAUGAAGUUAGAGACGUGGCUGAGGAUGAACGAUAUAUCCUAUGAGAUUAUUGAUCACAUGGGGUUUUCAAGCAAAAAACAAUCUCCCUUUAUAAUGUUUAACGAAGAGGAAAUGCCAGACUCCAACUUCAUCAUUGAAUAUUUAUCAAAAUAUUUCAAAAAGGAUACAUACCCAGGAAUGAAUCCUGAACAAAAGGCGGUGGGUCGAUCAUUUCUAAAGAUGGUGGAGGAAAACACAACAUGGUCGAUAUUCUGGUACCGGUACGUUGAACAUAUGACAGAGUACAGAAACUACCUUAAAUUCCAAGUACCAGAGGAGAUGCAAGAAAAGGUCGGGGCCGGUCUGUCCAGCAGCGUAAAAGACAGAGCAUGGAAGCAUGGAAUUGGUCAUCAUAGUAGCGAAGAAAUUUACAAAAUAGGAAGUGACGACAUCAGAGCUAUAUCUACCUACCUUGGGGAAAAGAAGUACUUCCUUGGAGAUACGCCAUCAUUGAUUGACUGUACAUUAUUUGGUUUUCUUGCCCAGAUAAUAUUUGUGCCGUUGGAUUUUCCAAUGAAGACGGUCAUACAAGAGGAAUGUUCAAAUGUACUGGAUUACAUCAAUAGAAUAAAGGAACAGUUCUGGCCUCACUGGGAGGAUCAACAAUUAUAAAUGAAAAAUAUUAAAAGUAUGACAAAACAAUGGCACCUGCGUUGAUUUAAGGUA